AGUAUAAAGUGCUAAAGCUGUAGAUCGGUGUGUCUCUCUCUUUCACUGGUGCUCUGUCUCUCAUUCAUUCCUACACACAGGCUCACACGCCUCCUCUCUCUUCUCUUUCUCUCUCUCAGAAUGAUGAUUCUAGGUACAUCUUUUGGUAUGGCUUUCUAUUUACUUCAAGUCGUUUCUGGAGAAAGUGGCUAUGCACAGAAUGGAGACUUUGAUGAUGCCGAGCUGGAUGAUUAUCCAUUCUCGUGCUACAGUCAGUUGGAAGUGGAUGGAUCCCAGCACUUGCUGACCUGUACUUUUGAUGACCCAGAUGUCAACAGCACCAAUCUGGAAUUUGAAAUAUGUGGGGCCCUUUUGGAUGUGAAAUGCUUGACUUUUAAUAAACUGCAAGAGAUGUAUUUUAUCAAGACCAAGAAAUUCUUACUGAUUGGUAACAGUGAAAUAUGUGUGAAGCUUAAAGAAAAGAAAAUAACUUGCAAGGAAAUGAACAUAGUCAAGAUAGUUAAACCUGAGGCUCCUUUUGACAUAAGAGUCAUCUAUCGUGAGGGAGCAAAUGACUUUCUGGUGACAUUUAACACAUCUCACUUACAAAAGAAGUAUGUGAAAGAAUUAUUGCAUGAGGUAGCCUAUCGCCAGGAAAAGCAUGAAAAUGACUGGAUGCAUUUGAACUUAUCCAGUACAAAGCUGGCACUCCUACAGAGAAAGCUACAACCUGAUGCAAUAUAUGAGAUUAAAGUCCGGUCCAUCCCUAAACCUGACUAUUUUGAAGGCUUCUGGAGUGAAUGGAGUCCAAGCUUCCACUUCAGAACUCCAGAGAUCACAGGGAGGAUGGAUCCUGUUUUACUAAUUAUUAGCGUUCUGAGUUUCUUCUCUCUGGCUCUGGUGGUCAUCUUGGCCUGUGCAUUAUGGAAAAAAAGAAUUAAACCUAUUGUGUGGCCCAAUCUCCCUGAUCAUAAGAAGACUCUGGAACAACUGUGCAAGAAACCAAAAAAAAAUUUAAAUGUGAGUUUCAAUCCUGAAAGUUUCCUGGACUGCCAGAUUCAUAAGGUGGAUGGCAUUCAAGCUAGAGAUGAAGCCGAAGGCUUUCUGCAAGAUACUUCUCUUCUACAACCAGAGGAAUCUGAAAAACAGAGGCUUGGAGGGUGUGUGCAGGGCCCCACCUGGCCAUCUGAGCAUGUAGUCAUCACCCCAAAGACGAUCAGAGGAGAUUCACCCCUUGAAUGCCUUGCUGGGAAUGUCACUUUGUGUGAGGCCCUUGUCCUUCCGUCUUCCAGGUCCCCAGACUUCAGGGAUGGUGGCAAGAAUGGGUCUCAUGUGUACCAGGGCCUGCUGCUUGUCCCUGGAACCACAAAUGGCCCCAGGCCCACUCCACUUCCUUUCCAGUCAGGAAUCCUGACAUUGAACCCAGCUGCCCAGCGACAGCCCAUUCUCACUUCCUUGGGAUCCAGUCAGGAAGAAGCCUAUGUCACCAUGUCCAGUUUCUACCAAAACCAGUGACUUGUCAGAGACCCAGGACUGGAACCGUGAUGACAGACUAACUCCCUCACAGCACAAAGAAGACAGAAUUAGUGCAAGCACGUGUAUCCUCUACAGCAUUCAGAAGCAUGGUUUGAACCACUCCUUCCCACUCCAGGGGCAUUCGGCUUGAGGCAGGAUCACUCUGAUUCAGGCAAUCCAGAUUAUUCUAUUAUUUCAGGGAAAAAAAACAGCAGGAAAGAAAGAAAAAAAGGGUGGAGAAGAGGAGAGAGGGGGUAGGAAAGUAGGAAGAGGGCAAGGGGAAAAAGGGAAAGGAGAGCAGGGAUGAUAGCUACCAUUAUUAGAACUUACUAUAUAUCCAGUGGGGUCUACGUAGCUUGUCUCCCCACAUCCUCACAGUAACCCUGGGCAUUGGCACAAUUAUUAUUAUUAUUAUUGUUAUUAUUAUUAUUCUCCUUUUAAAUAGAUGAUGGAACAGAGGCUUGGAAGUAUAAAGUAACUUGUCCAUUUUGUCCCCAUUAAGCAUAAGAUUUGAUGUCUGGGAGUCUAAUUAUGUUUACCCCCAAGGCAUGAACCUUCCCCUUGACUAGGGACUAUCCUAUUCUCGAGUGUCAAACCCCACUUAUAACAAAUAGGGUGACUAUAUCAUUUAGUGUCCAAACUGGGUCAUUUUUGAAAGUGAAAGGGGAAGUUAUAAAUACUCAUUCCAAGAGAACAAGCAUAUACCAGGAGUGUCCCAGACUAAUGGAGACAUGGCCACCAAACUAAAAAUGCUCUGAGAAAGAAAGGGUCUCAUGAUGUGUGAACUACCAUGGCCAGCCAUGUCUACAAAACCUGAAGAAGGCAAGAAAAAGCCACAAAUCCCAUUUGAUUUGUUUUUCUGAAAAAGGAGAAGCCCAUGAUUUCUGUUGGUAGUUUAUCAAAAGCAUGAUUAUCUUGCUAACACCACCUGACUGGGUCCGUCUGAAAUAAAAAAAAUCUGUUGCCAACUCCUCCGGACACAGGUGAGUUUGAGCAAUGAGCCAGGCAUUACCCUUCUAUCUGUAUAGAGACUGCCCCAACCCAAAUGCAUCCACAAAUGGUUCUGAAUUUUAUACCUGUGGAUGUUCCCACAAGCUUCAGGGAGAAGAGUUACAAGCACACGCAGUGAGUAAGCCAACUGGAGCCAUGUUCUUGAAGGUAAACAAGAGUUGACAUGCAUCCUCUUGCAUUUCUUGGUCUAGAUUAAUUUCUAUGGAGGAGCUCAAACUGAGUCAAGGCAGCUGAGAAAUCUCAACUCGGGGGAGUGCAGCCAACACCCAUCCCACAGGCCUCCAGACCCUGGAUAGAUGCAGAACCCCACAGGGCAGCAGAGGCACAGGAAGCAAUGAAGGGCAUAGGUUUAGGAUUUUGUUUUCUUCAAGAAGUCGUUACUGUUGUUUUUGUUUACAUUUUGCAUCUUUUUAUUCUGUUUUUAGUUUGUUGGGGGGGGCUAAGUGUUUUUAAGUUUUUGAUUUUCUUGUUUGUUUUGUUUUAUGAUAUCUGUGAAGGGGGUUUAAAUUUUGGACUAAUAUAUCUGUUGGCUUUGAGGCCUAAUGAUAAUAAGAUCAUUUAUUCCUCUGUUGGGCAUUGUACUUUCCAAAUCCUUUUCUCUGAAUCAGUAGUGAUUAAUAUAAUCUCAUAUUCCCUUAGAUUUGUUAGUGUUUUUGUGAUUUUCACAGUAUUUCUGUAAGCAUUAUCCCUUUCAUUUCCUUGGCAAGUGUUUGUGGAAAGCCUGCUAUGUACCAGCCACAGGGUUAGGCACAGGGGACCUAACAUGAAAAAGUUGGGGACCCUGCCCUCAUAAAGUGGAAAAUCUGAUGAAAGUGGCAACUUUGUAAAAAAAUGAUCAUAAUAACACAAAGUGCUAUAAUAGAAGCAUGUUCAGAGUGCCCAAUUGAAGACAGGGAAAAUCCCCCCCCAAAAAAGUGACGUACAUCUACAUGUAUGAACCUGCCUGGUGUAUCAGUAGCAAAAGUCAUUUUCCACCAGGUGGGCACAUGUUCUUUACCUUUUGUAGAAAGGUCCCAAAGAAGAGGUCAGUCAUCACAGGAAAUCCCAUGAUAACCUGGUGUCCUAUACCUUAUUCACAGAGGUCUUAUGAAGUGUGUUGUUGUUAUCUUUAACUUCUGGGGAAAUUGAGACACAAAACCGUGACAUGUUAAUUCAGGACUGGAAGCCAUAAGUUUGUUUCCCUGAUAUGAGACAGUCCCCAGAGGAAAUGAGGAGAUAAGUCUAGACAAAGGUCAAAGCCACCCCCACUUUAAAAAUCCCAUGUUUCAGUAUUGUUGGGCACAGGUUAUCAUUUGAAUUUAAUGUGUGAAUGUCUAUCUGUUACUGGAGCGGUUUAAACUUCAUGUAUUAUAUUCUUAUAACUGCUGCUAAUGCUUGAUUUUAUACUCAAGGACAAGGUAUAAUGUCAGAUUGCAAGUUAAUUCCAACCAACCUCCUUUUGCAUUUCAUUAGGAAAGAGAAAUUGGUGAGACACAAUGCAUAGGUCAGAGAUGUAAACUGCUAGUUCUGUUGAGCAUGAAAUGCGAACCACUAAAUAGGCAGCUGGUUUGGGCAAGUAAACAAUCAUGGCUGGAUCUAGGGAGCCCCUGCCUUAUUGGACUGAUUUUCCACCAGCCUUUGUGUCUCCUGUCAUUCUGGUUUCCAUGGAAAUUUCCUUAAGAAAAGACAAGUAGAGGCUAUUUCAGAUGCGCAUACUUGUGUUUUCAUAGCACUUCUGGAGAGGCUACAAGACGGAACUGGCCAGGAAGGUGGUGAAAAUAUGCGGCCAAGACAUCUGGAAUGGUGCAAAUCAGAUGGCAUUUGUAUCAGCUCAGUGGUUUCUCUCCGGGUUUUAUCUAAAAACUACCCAUCAUUCACUACACUGAAGGUCUCUGAUUUGACUAUGUACCUCCCAUAUGCAUUAUAAACAUUUUGCAGAGCUGCUAAGUGUACAAUUAUCCAACGUGUGUUACCAUCUCAUAUUUAAUUAAACGCUAUGUAACCCUCGG